ACUUCGGCGCUAAGAUGGCGGCGGCGUGAGUUGCAUGUUGUCUGGCUGCGCCGCGUCUGACAAAAUAAGCGCCGCUCGGGGCUUUCCCGCCGUGAGACCUGCCCCGGCCUUUCCCGUCGUGUGACCCGCCCGGACUUCGCCAUGGCCGUCACCAUCACUCUGAAGACCCUGCAGCAGCAGACUUUCAAGAUCCGGAUGGAGCCGGAGGAAACGGUGAAGGUGCUGAAGGAGAAGAUUGAGGCGGAGAAGGGCCAGGACGCGUUCCCCGUGGCUGGGCAGAAGCUCAUCUACGCCGGCAAGAUCCUCAAUGACGACACCCCCAUCGGUGACUACAAGAUCGACGAGAAGAACUUCGUCGUGGUCAUGGUGACUAAGACUAAAUCGGGGCUAGGCACCUCGGUACCCCCGGAGAUCGCGCCUGCCUCGGAGCCUUCGGUGUCUACUGCGCCGGCCUCUGUUGUGGCCAUGCCCUUGGCCCCGUCAAGUCCUAAAGAAGAAAGGGCAACAGCAGAUAACCCGCCCAGUCCGCCGCCUCCUGAAACCGAGACUGGCUCUGUUCCCUCUUCAGGUAGCAUCGGGCGGGAGGAUGAAGCGGCCUCCACAUUAGUGACUGGCUCAGAGUACGAGACGAUGCUCACCGAAAUCAUGUCGAUGGGCUAUGAACAAGGGCAGGUGGUGGCCGCGCUGCGGGCCAGUUUCAAUAACCCCCACCGGGCCGUGGAGUAUCUGCUUACGGGCAUUCCUGGCAGCCCAGAGCCAGAGGGUGGUCCCACUCAGGAGAGCCCAUCCAAUGAGCAAGCUGCUGUGGAAGGAGCGGCCUCACCCUUAGCACAGCAGUCGCUGGAGUUGUCCCCUGGAGGGGAAAACCCAUUGGAGUUCCUGCGAGACCAGCCACAGUUCCAGAACAUGCGACAAGUGAUCCAGCAGAACCCAGCCCUGCUGCCCGCCCUGCUUCAGCAGCUGGGCCAGGAGAAUCCCCAUCUCUUGCAGCAAAUAAGCCUUCACCAAGAUCAAUUCAUCCAGAUGCUGAAUGAACCGUCAGGGGACCUGGGUGAUAUGUCUGACAUCGAGGGGGAGAUUGGAGCCAUUGGAGAUGAGCCCACCCAGAUGAGCUACAUCCAGGUCACUCCGCAGGAAAAAGAAGCCAUAGAGAGGUUGAAGGCCCUGGGAUUUCCCGAGAGCCUGGUGAUCCAGGCUUACUUUGCUUGUGAGAAGAAUGAAAACUUGGCUGCAAACUUCCUCUUGAGUCAGAACUUUGAUGAUGAGUAAUUAAAGGAAAGGAACCCACCAACUCACCACCAACAAAAGUUUUAUAUAAGAAAGUAUAUAUAUUCAUGUUUAUUUAAGAAGUGGAAAAAAGAGAAAACUUGUUAAAAAAAAAAAAAAACCAAAAACUCACCCCCGGUUUUUCUCCCCUG